UGGGAAUAUCAUACAAGUGUUUUAAGUUCGAAUGAUAUUAUAUAUUUUUAUGGAUUUACAAAAGAUCCAAACACUUCAAAAUAUAUGGUAGUAAUGGAUUAUGCAAAUAAGGGUAAUUUAAGAGAAAAUUUAACAAGAAUAGUUGAAAAUAAUUGGAAUCAAAAAUUAUAUAUGUUGUACGAAAUUAUUUCUGGACUUAGUGAGAUGCAUGGAAAGAAUCUUAUUCAUUGUGAUUUUCAUGAUGGCAAUAUUUUAAAUCAUAAUGAUGAGAAUAAGGAUAAAAUUUAUAUUAGUGAUUUAGGAUUAUGUCAACCUGUAAAAUCGUUAUUGAGUAAGUAUGAUAUUUAUGGUGUUAUACCAUUCAUGGCUCCUGAAGUUUUAAGAGGCAAAUCUUAUACUUCAGCUAGUGAUAUAUAUAGUUUUUCUAUGAUUAUGUGGGAACUUACAUCUGGAGUAUCACCAUUUAAUGAUAGAGCACAUGAUAUUCAACUUAGUUUAAGUAUUUGUAAAGGUGAACGUCCUAAAAUUAUUGAAAAUACUCCACAAUGUUAUGUAGAUUUAAUGAAAAAAUGUUGGAAUGAGGAUCCAUUAAAAAGACCAUCUUCUAAAGAAGUAUUAAAAAUUAUUGAAAAAUGGAUUUUCCGUUCUUAUGAAAUUUAUGAUGUCAGUGGGGAAAUAAAAAGCAACAUUAUGGAAUUUAUAAAUGCACCAAUUGUACAUAACAAUCUUGCUACUAAAUCUCAUCCCAAAGCAUGUUAUACAAGUCGCUUACUUGAUUUUACUAGUAAAACAUUGAAUGAUAUUUUUGAAGAUUCACAAGCAUAUCAUGCAAGAAAAUUAACUAAUUGUUUAUGUUUUUAAAUACUUGAUGUCAUACAUUCAACAAAGAUUGUUCUUUAUUUUAUUCUUUUUGGAUUUAUUUAAACACUAAG